AUAUUAUGUAUUAAUUAGCUAAAUAAGGUUGAUUUUGAUCAUAUUUAUACAUAUUUUAAACAAUUUGACUGGAAACAAUCAUUUAGUAUGUUUGGUUUGCAAGAUGAAUGAUAGAAUUUGUUUCUUAACACUAAUUAAUAGGAAUACAUGUUAUGACGAUAAUAAAGAUUGUUAGAGGUUUCCUUACUGAAAUAAUGUCCGAUUUUUUACAGUAGGGUAAAUUGUGUUUAAGUUUUUGAAUACAGAUAUACUUUUAAUGAAUGAAACUUUUGUUGUUAAUUGUUAAUCCUUGAUAGUGCCCACUCGGGGUAUACUACCUUAAAUAUGUUGAACGCGACAAAUGAUAAAGAAUUUAAUAGCAAGUAGAAAUUAACAUUAUCCAAAAAGAAGAAUAAGAUUAACAAAGAAAAAUACAAGCAAGGAAUAACUUGUUGUUGUUUUUUUGCGGAAGCAAAACUAAAUAUGUCUGGCUUUUUUUCAGGAUAGAAAAACAUGUAUUCAAAGUGGAAGAAAAGUGUAACAUGAUACUUUCAGAUCUAAGUGGACAAAAUCAUUCAAAUAGUGGCGAACAACGUUCACUUGUUGAUACAUGUGAAAGUAUGCUUAAAAUAUUGGAAAGUUGCAAAGAUGAGACCAAUAUAGUUGUCGAGAUUUUUACAAUGCUUGAAAAGGAUUUAAAAAUCGACAGAAAAACUGGUUCAGUUUCAAAAAGAUGCAUAGCGAUCAAGAAAACGGUAGAAAAUUUUCAGUUAAGAUAUGUCAGAAAAGAAGAUUAUGAUAGUUUACGAGAAAAGAUGAGGUAUUUGCAUGUUGAAAUGGGACAGUUAAGGGAAGAAAAAGACAGUGCAUAUAAUAGAUUAUCAAAGGUCGCUGGAGCACGUCUGACGGACAACAAUCCAAAUAUUGCAGAUCUUAGUGAUCCAAAUCGUCCAACCAAAAUAGCCGAACAGUAUUCAGAGUUGUAUGACACCCCCUGGACAGAUGCAUACGAAAUAUUGACAAAUAAAGAUCAAGAAAACACAGAUCUUUUGUUGAAGAUUAUCGUAGAUUGUUAUGGAAUUUGUGGAAACAUAUCCAAGAAUCAUCAACGAAAUUUGAAGAAUGCUGUGUGUUACCCUGCUGAUAAUAUAGAAACUGGACAAGCAUCACAACAGAAAAAGGGCAAAAAGGAAAACCCUGUCUCCUUCUCAGCAGUUCAGUCAAAGGCUUUAUCUGAACUUCGAAAGCAGACUGCAGAUAUAUCCGUUGUUGAUGUGAUAUCGCAAAUAGAAUCAACACAGAAGGACUGGUUUAUUCCGGAAAAGUUGCGAAGUUAUACGACCCGUUGUAUUGAGCUGUGUUGGCUUAUGCACGUACAAACUCCACCUGUUUUAAUUGACACAAUUGCCAAGCCAGGAUCCAAAUUUGAUACCAACAAAUAUAAACAAUAUACAAAGGCUGGAAAGAAAAUAGACUUCAUUGUUUGGCCUGUAUUGUUGUUGGAAGAAGGGGGAGCUGUUUUGUGUAAAGGAGUUGCUCAAGGAAAAUAGUUAAUACAGUUUCUGCAGCAUAUUUAAAAAGCCUCGGAAUAAACUCUUUUUACAUAUAUUUAGUUUAUUACAUUUUCGCACACGUUUUUUUUUAAAAACCUAUUUCAUCAGCUACUGUUUAUUCUGGAGUGACCAUAUACAUUUAAGUUCGCAAACAGUUGUACAUCUGUGACUUUACUAUGUUAAAUAUAUAAUUAUAAUCCAUACACACAUAUAAACAAUAAAGAAUCUUUCCUUUGGAAAUUAAAACUACAUGUAAAGAUUGAGUGUUUUAUUCUUUGUUUAGUUUGGAUUAGCGCUUAAACAUUUAAUGAAUUAAUCAUUUUAAAACAUGUUUACUUUUGAUAGGAAUACUAAUGUCAGUGUGGUUAUAAAUGAGCCGCGUCAUGACAAAACCAACAUAAUGGUGUUGCGACCA